AUGAAUACCAGUGCCACAAAGAAACAAUGCCGGGAAAACUCAUUCUGGAACAUCCAAGCCCUUGAGCAAAACGCUAUCUCGCAGCGCGGAUUCUUUGAUCCCGCUUCCAUCGCCCGUUUUCUCACUCGGGAAAAAAUCCAUAAGAUCCUCGUCGACUGCAAUAUAAGUCUUCCCGUCACCGACGUUCACAGCCUUGUGAAUUAUAUCCUCACACCAAAUAAGCCCUACCUGACAUUCUUUGCGAUCUUACUACACAUGCGCUGUGUAGAGUCUGUUUGUAUUUUCUCUUUGUAUAGGCAGCGUUUGGAUAGGCUUCCUUUAUCACUAGACGCUCUAGAUGAGGCGGGUGUCUUUGGUGGCAUGAGAAGGCCAGAUGUGCUAAGGAGGCACUUCUUAGAAGUUCAGCAUAAAUUUAUUCCGCACGUGUUUAGUUCCACCAGGCCGGUGGAGAUUAUUGAUACGGAAACAGUGGUGCCGUUUUUGUCACAGGUACCACUUGGAAAUAGCGGGGUGUUUAGGACUGAGGUGUCUAGCUCGGCGCAUGAGAAUUUAAAGCCCCAGCCAAAUAAGGACGGACGAACGUUUCUUAUCCGCAGAAUAUACCCCAACCAACCGGAGGAGAAAGAGGAAUCCAACAUCGAAGAACUCGGAAAACUGAAGCGUCUCCGAGAACUCCAAAACCCCAACAUCACACCCUUCUUCUGUGCCUACAUCCAGGGAACAGAAUGGAACAUUAUGUUCAACUCUGUCGAAGACAUGAAUCUCGAGCAAUUGCUCAACUGGGAUAAUAAAGCCCCGUUCGGAAAUUUUAAGCACAACUUCGCUUUCUACAGCGCUCUCCACGGGCUGUCCUCCGCUUUGAAAGAUGCCCACGGUCUGGUCCUCACUAGGGAGGACGGAUAUUCGCAUAAAUAUUUACGCGGGGACAUUCGUCCCGCGAAUAUUUUUGUUAACAAAGAUACCUUCCUUCUCGCAGACUUCGGAUUUUCGACGGAGGUUGUUGGGAAAGGAAAUUCGGUCUGUGAGACAUACCUAAUCUCUGAAGAUCGAGGCACCGACUAUCAGGCCCCGGAAUGCAAUCAGGCAGUUCCAGUUACACAGUCAAUUGAUAUCUGGGCUUUUGGAUGUAUAUUUGCUGAAAUUGCAACUUAUAUUGAAAGGGGCAAAGAAGGUGUGGCUGAAUUCCGCAGCAAGAGGUUCAAUGAGACAACGAGUAGCGGUAAGAAAUGUCAAAACCAGUUCUUUUGGCUGGAUGACAAAAAGAAGAUGCUCAAGAAGUCCGUGUUGCUUCAUUUUGAGGCACUCUCAAAGGCGCCCAGAGAUAAACAGACCCCGGAAAUACUUGAGCUGGCUAAGGCGAUGCUCCAAAUCGAUGUUAAAAGUCGUAUAUCUGCGGCAUCAUUCUGUGAAAGAAUGUUUUUCCUCAGUGUUAAGUCCUUGUUCAACGCAGUACUUGGCAAAUUUAGACAACCUGGCGCUGAAAAGCGGACCAUCGAAACCUGGGGGGAUGUCCUAGGGCUCACGAAGCCCUGGGGUCUAGCCUCUGGAGCACGUAUUAAUGCGCUCGGAAUGCCUUGCCGGCAGAAGCUCCUCCAGAUUUUCCAGGGGCUUCAUGAUAAAGGAAAGCUACCGACCCGCGAGGAAUUAAUAGCGAUUUGCGGUUUUCUUACAGCGGGUGAGCGGGCCCGUGUGCCAAUCUCCGCAAAAUAG